AUUGGCCAUUUCAGGGACGACUGAAACUUUCUUGAGGAGAAAGGACGAUUCCUGUCUUCCAUCUCGAUCUUCCUCUGCGGCUGCGCUGCCUGCAAUGAGAAAAAUCACUGUACCGGAAGUCCCUCUCUCUGUGGAUUUCUCUUUGUCUUUAUCUUUUCAUUUCUUGCCUUGAUAAUACUUGAGAACCAGAAGAGAACUGCUGCAUUUCAUUUGUCAUUGCGGGGGAACAGAGGAAGAGGAUGAUGAACAAAGAAGAAGGCACCAAGUUUCUCACAAUGCAGACAUGCACUCUGAAAGUGAACAUACAUUGUGAUGGAUGUAAGAAGAAGGUCAAGAAACUGCUCCACAAAGUUGAUGGAGUGUACACGACCAGCAUAGAUGCAGAAGGAGGCAAGGUGACUGUGUCGGGUAAUGUCGAUCCGGCAGCUCUCCUCAAGAAGCUUGCCAAAGCUGGGAAGCACGCAGAACUGCUGGCUCCUAAGGCCGGCAACAACAACCAGGCCCAGAAACCACAGCAACAGCCGGAGAAGCAGAGCGGGAAGCGUGGAAAUGCCAGCGGCGGAAACGGCAAAGAUCAGAAGGUUCAACAUCCCAAGCCAACUCCACAGCAGCAGCAGCAGCAGCAGCAGCAACAACAACAAUUUCGACAGCAUUUGCAACAACAGCAGAAAAUGAAAGCGCCGCUGCCUCAAAUGAAGCCGCUCAAUUUCCCACCUCAGAAAGAUCUCAAAUCUGUCGACUUCAAAUUGCCUCCCAAAGGAUGUCAGGGCUACGACGACGAAGAGGACGAAGUCGAUUUCGAGGAGGAGGGUGACUUGGACGAGGACGACAUGGACGAGUUCGACUGCUUCGACGCCGACUUCGACGAAGACUUCAAGAGCAUCAAGAUCAAACCAGCGAUUUCGACGCCGAAAGCGAAAGCCAUGAUGGCUGACAAAGCCAAGAAAGGCGAUCGAGUUCCUCCAGUGCAGAGUAAAGCCGUGUGUAACAGCAUUGAUCGAAAGAAUGGUAAGAAAGGCGGCGGAGCUAAGCCACAAGAUAACAAGAGCUCUGCCAAUGGCGGCGCAGAGAAAUUUAACCUCAAUGGGCACGACAUCAACAUAACCAAGAAGAUGCAAGGGAAGAACGGAGUAGCUGGCAGUAGUGUGAGCCAUCCGAUGGCCAAUCCUGGCAUGGCGGGGCAUGGUAAUUUUCCGGCUGGGAAAAUGCAAGUCCCCGCUGUCCAUGUGGGGAAUAUUCCAGCAGUGGCCCGCGGUGCAGGUCCGGCGCCAGGAUACUACCAGGGAGGUGCGUUGGCGCCGCCGUCCGAGGUGAUUGCCGCCGCCGCCGCCGUCAAUCCGUAUCAGCAGCAGUACAUGGCCGCCAUGAUUCAGCAGCAGCAGCAGCAGCAGCAAAGGAUGAUGAUGAUGAUGCAAGACCGGCCUGCCUUUCAGCCGACGAUGGCCUAUGCCCGGACGCCGCCGGUGACUAUGUACAACAUGCACGUGCCCUCGCUGCCGGCGACGUAUCACAGUGAGCCGUUCACCACCUUCUUCAGUGAUGAGAACGCUAGCGGCGGCUGCUCAAUUAUGUGAAUCGAUUAAGCUUGCUCUUGUUUAUUAUUAUUAUUAUUAUUAUUUUGUUUGUUUUUUUACGCUGAUUGCAAAUCAAUUAUAACUGUUUCCAUGUUCACGCAAAAUGACAUGAUUAAGGAUGUGAGGCAAUUAAAUGUUGCAA